AGACUCGGUGGCUUCUUGGCCGCUGCUCUUCUGAGCUCACGUUCGCUCGCACAAACUUGUGUCUCAUAUGGUAUCGACUUCCAGAACGGUGGAAACUACUUCCAAAACAUCAGCUCGACCGACGCCUUCACCUUCGCUUCUCUCUUUGAAGGCUGUGACAAUGAUGUUGCAAAUAACCUCCUCGUUGAUCCAAAUGGAGAUGAACAUCAAUGCACGGAUACUCCUCUCCAGCCUGACGACACCACCCAGCUGUCAACAUGCCCCAUGGACAAGAACCAACUUUGGUCUGGUGACUGGUCGGUUCUGAUCAUCUCCAACAACGGAGAUGCUGAUCCCAUUGCCUACGAACGUGAUUUCUAUCUCAACGUUGGCUUGCCUUCAACCACUACAUACACACCUACCGUCACCAUC